ACCGCUGCACAUCCCAUCUGCUGCCACCAUGUCUGACUCCGACGAGCGCGAGACCAAGCCCUUCAAGUUCGUCACUGCUGGCUUUGACGCCCGCUUCCCGAACCAGAACCAGACCAAGCACUGCUGGCAGAACUAUGUCGACUACCACAAGUGCAUUCUCGCCAAGGGUGAGGAUUUCGCUCCCUGCCGCCAGUUCCUUCUGGCCUACAGGUCCCUCUGCCCCAGCAACUGGUGCGAGCGUUGGGACGAGCAGCGCGACAACGGCACUUUCCCCGUCCGUCUCGACCAAUAGACGGUGGAUUCCGGGUUGAUGUUGGCGAUGGACCAAGAGCUUUAGAAUGCGGCUAUAACCUUGUAUCAUACCAACGUCGCGAUUCUGCCUCUCGCCCGGCACUCCCCGCUGUGCAUUCAAACGUUCAAUGGCCUGCGGAUGAUCCUCAGCUCAAUCAUGGCGGGUUCGAAUUGCGCAUUCUACUUCUAUGCCCUGCUCACGACGGUGACCGUGCCUCCUUUCAUCCGAAUUCCUAUAAACAGUUACCUCGAAAACAGGUCCAACGUGAUGUAUGAACG